AAAACCAUCAAAACGGUCGCGUUUGUUUACAUCACGGUUCACGCUCCCGGUUCCAGUUUCAGUGCACGCGUGUUUUUAUUCGAAUUUUGGUUCUUCAUUUUGAUACGUACGCAACUAAUUGGCUGAACUUCGAACGGAUUGCUGUGGGUUGUCGCCAUGAAAUUCGCAAUAGAAUCAGUCUCCAAAUGUUCCGGCCGCUUGGGUACAUUGAACGUAAAGAAUGCAUUCUCCAAUGUGUCCAUCUCAACCCCGGCGCUAGUGCUGCACGCAAAGGGCGGUAGCAUUCCGUUUCUUUCCCGGGAAGUGCUCCAGUACUUAACGGCCGAAACUCCUAUAAUGCAACAUUCCCUGACCAACACUGACCACAUGGAGGAAGCCGUCCGCGCCUGCGAUGAAGGAAUUUCCAGUUUCGUGGGCCACAAGGAAUCGAUUUCCUUACUGGUGCUGAAAGACCCUGCCGAGCAGUGUAAACCCAGCUUUCACGAAAAGGAUUUCGUUCCGAUUUUCAGUAGAAGUGGGCGUAAGAAUUUCACGUCCGAACGGUACAUGCAACUGGUCGAAGCAUUUAAGCCGACCGUUUUUGUACCACUCUUUGAUGGGGAUACGGAUUUGGAGAGCUCGAAGAAGCGCCUACAAAAAUCAUUGGACAGGACGGAGAAGUUUGUAGAGCAAUGUGUUGAAGCGCAUCGAAAGUCGGCUAAUCUGAAGGAGUCGAAUUUAAUAGGUCCAGUCGUGGGAGGUUACAAUUUAAAACUGCGAAGCGCGUCAGUCAAAUUCUUGGAGCAGUUCAAGAAUGACUUGGAGGGCUAUAUGAUAGCGGGACUCCACUCGAAUGGUUUAUCAGCAACGGAAUUGAAGGAAAGCAAUCUUGUGGAAGUGGUGUCCCAUACAUGCCAAAGCUUACCGACAGACAAAGUUCGAUUCAUGUUUGGAGCUUUUAGUCCUCGGAUCAUUCUCAAAUUGGUUGCCCAAGGAAUCGACGUGUUUGACACGAGCUUUGCCUAUCUGAAGACUCAACAGAACCGGGCAUUGACGUUCAGCUUUGAUGUUAACGAUAAAAAUGUGGACAGUCGGGAAACCGAACUGGACAUUAGAGAUCCCCGAUGGGCAGAAGAAUUUACAGGGUUCGUUGAAUCGUGCAGUUGCUUAGCGUGCACUAAGCAUACGAAAGCCUAUGCGCAUCACUUGUACAAUACGCGGGAGAUGUUGGCGCCAAUCAUUUUGAUGAUGCACAACCUUCAUCACUAUUUCGAGUUCUUCAAGGCGAUACGAAAGCACGUUAGUGAAGAUACACUUGACCAGCUGGUAGAGCAUUUACAAAAGCAAAAAGACGUACCGUUGUUCGACGAAAAGAGCGUAGAUGUGACCAAGGCAGAUCCGAUGGACUUCAGGGACAGUGCAACUAAGAAACUGAAAGUUUGAUGAGUAUCAUCCAUCGGAAAUCUAAGUCUAAGUUGAAGCAUUGAAAAUGCACUCAUCACAGAGGUAGGUAUUGGAAAUAAGUAUUCAGAAUAUGAAUAAACAGUUGUCAUUACUAGAUGCAAAA